CGUUUCUGAUCGAACUGCCGCAGCUUCCGCUCUCGCUGGCGUCACACAUGUAGCACAACAUGGCCCCUGCCAGCCGGGCUGUUGUGGUAGCGCUCUCACUGCUGUACCUGAGCCGGGAAAUUUUCUCCUCCGAGUAUUUCUCCACUCUCACUUUGUUCAACAAUGAGCUCCACAAGCAGGGAUGCAGCUCGCUGUCCGAGUGGGAAGAGUACGCGGCUGACUGCGAGUCCUCCAUUUUACAGUUGGAGGACCCAGACUGUGAGGAGGGAAGCAACCCCCCCUGCGAGUCAGUCUUCUCACUUAACGCAGAGAAGAUCCUGAAUCAGGCCAAGUUGUUUAUAGAGCAGAAGAAAAUCCCGUUCCCCGUAGAUAACCACAACACAAACGAAGAACUUGCUAUAGGCUACGUUCUGAUAGGCAACGGUCUUUAUGAUGAAGCCAUCAAACACUUCUCCCUCUUAUUACAGGGCGACCCGGAGCUGGUCAGCGCCAUCUAUGGGAGGGGGAUCGCUUACGGGAAGAAAAGUCUACAGGACAUAAAGAAUGCUGACUUGGCGUUGUACGAGCUCAACAGAGUCAUCACCCUGGAGCCUAACUGGCCGGAGGUCUACGAACAGAGAGCAGAGAUCCUGUCUCCUCUGGGUCGUAUCAGUGAGGCUCUGGGUGAUCUGACCAAAGCCAUCCAGCUGCAGCCCUCGGCCCGACUCUACAGACACAGAGGAACACUUCUCUUCAUUUCAGAGGACUAUGUGGCAGCUAUGGAAGACUUCCAGCAGUCUUUAGAGCUGAAGAAGAAUCAGCCUAUCGCCAUGCUGUAUAAAGGCCUCACCUUCUUCCACAGAGGCAUGCUCAAGGAAGCCAUUGAGACAUUCAAAGAGGCGCUGAAGUUAAAGUCUGACUUCAUAGACGCCUAUAAGAGCCUCGGACAGGCCUACAGAGAGCUGGGGGAUUUUGAGUCGGCGAUGGAGAGCUUCCAGAAAGCCCUCAUGUUGAACCAGAACCACAUCCAGUCUCUCCAGCUCCGAGGCAUGAUGCUGUACCACCACGGCUCGCUGCAGGAGGCCAUCGGCAACUUCAAGAGGUGUCUUCAGCUGGAGCCCUACAACGAGGUGUGUCAGUACAUGAAGGGCUUAAGUCACGUGGCGAUGGGUCAGUUCUACGAGGGCAUCAAAGCUCAGACUAAAGUCAUGUUGAACGACCCGCUGCUGGGACAGAAGGCCAGCUCUGAAUACCUCAAAGUGAAAUACCUCAGAGAGUACUCCCGCUACCUGCACUCCCACCUUGACAUCCCAGUAGCAGAGUACAACGUGGACCAGGACUUACCAGGAAACUUUAAGAACCACUGGGCCAAGAAUCUUCCUUUCCUAAUAGAAGACUAUGAAGAGCAGCCCGGCCUGCAGCCACACAUCAAGGACGUGCUGCCGCAGAACUUUGACAGCUACAGCAGUGAAGUUCAGAAGCUUAUCUGCACAGCCGACCACCUGGGGGCGCUAAUGCAAUACGACACUCCUGGUUUCCUACCUAACAGGAGAAUACACAGAGCCAUGGGUUUAGCAACUCUGGAGGUGAUGCAGGCCAUGCAUCGAACAUGGAGCAACUCCAAAGUACGAGUCAACGGCAAGACCAGGCAAAUGCAGUGGAGAGACAUGUUCGACAUAGCUGUCAAAUGGAGGAGGAUCGCAGAUCCGGACCAGCCGGUUCUGUGGCUGGACCAGAUGCCCGCCAGGAGUCUCAGUCGAGGCUUCAACAAUCACAUCAAUCUCAUCAGGGGACAGAUUAUCAACAUCAGAUACCUGGCGUACUUUGACAACAUCCUCGACUUCAUCAAAGACAGAAUACUGGUGUAUCACGGGGCGUACAACCCCAGAGGACUCUUAGACGUCCGUCAGGCUCUUGAGAAUGUGAAUAAAGUAGAAGAUCUGCUUCCUAUAAUGAAGCAGUUCAAUAGUAAAACUAGAGAUGGCUUCACGGUCAACUCCAAGGUGCCGAGCAUGAAGGAUCCUGGGAAAGAGUACGACGGUUUUACUAUCACCAUCACUGGAGACAGGGUGGGCAACAUGUUGUUCUCAGUAGAGACUCAGACGACAGAAGACCGGACGCAGCAGUACCAGUCAGAGAUAGAGUCCAUCUACAAAGACCUCACCGCCAAAGGGAAGGCUUUAAUGCUGUCCACUGAACUCGGGGAUGCAGAUGCCGUGUGUAACCUGAUCCUCUCAUUGGUUUAUUACUUCUGCAACCUCAUGCCCCUCUCCAGAGGAUCCAGUGUGGUGGCCUACUCGGUCGUGAUGGGGGCUCUGAUGGCCAGCGGGAAGGAGGUCAUCGGCAGGAUCCCGAAAGGAAAGCUGGUGGAUUUUGAGGCCAUGACCACACCCAGUCCAGACAGCUUCAGUAAAACAGCAAAGAACUGGAUGAACCUAAAGAGUUUACCCAGUUGGUACCAGAGUCUUCCGUCCGUAGCAGAGACCUUCCCGUCCACCAGAACGAUGAUCGAGGUUCUCAACACGGACUCGUCUUCACAUUGUCCAAAGAAGUCCUAACACAACUUCAAGUCUUAAUAAGGGAGCCGCUGCACAGAACAAAGAUCUGCUUCUGCAACCCAAACUAAACUGUUCUCCAAAAGCUUCUGAGCUACACUAGUAAUGGCUUAUAUUUUAAAUCCCUAGUGUUGCCCACACACUUGGAAAGCAGGUCUAUUGGUCUUCCAUAGAAAAUGAGAUGAUACGAAUUCAAAACCAUAUUUUUAAAAGUUAGAAAGCUUUAAUGAAUCUUAUUUUGGUAUCCUCUUCCAGCACUUCUACUGGAUGUUUUUAAAUCCAAUGUUGUCACACAACCUCGCGGGUGACUGCUCGCCGCUCUAUCAUUCGUACAACACAUAGUUAACUGUACGCACCACGACAGACGGUGCAGAGUCCCACAGACACUGUGUUCGGUUGUGUUAACGUGUUAAAAGGACAAGAGCACAUCACGUCUGCCUUCUCUCCAAUGUAAUGGGACUACGUGGGGCUCAAAGCGCCUCAAACUCAAACUCAACAGCAAACCGGGUUACUCGAGAUAAUCCACACCCCUUAUGGUCCGCAGUUUCCUGUAGGAUCUAUUUUCUUUCUACCGAACUACACCCGCCAACCGUGCAGAAGGAAGGUGUGGCCCUCGUAGGCGGGUGUAGUUCAGUAGAAAGAAAAUAGAUCCUACGUGAAACUGCUCACAACGAGAUGUUCUGAGCACCACGAGCUGAGUGUCAUCUAGUUCCAUGAUAUUGGAGAGAAUACAGAUUCCUAAAUCUCCAACACUCGGCAACUCGCACCAAAACAAUCUAGAUCCAUCUAAAUGUGGAUUUCUGUGGGCUGACGUGUGUCUUCCUAAUUGGACGCUUGUGUAUCAACUCUCUGCAGUAGAUUUAAUAUUCUUCCAACUGUCAACGUCCCGGCUGACAUUUUAAAAUUUCUAUUUAAUAAUCGAACUUCAGCUCACAGAAGACCUUUUGAUUUGAAGUAUGUAAUGUUUAGAAAGUUCAAUAUUGACUCAAAAAUAAAUAAUUAAAUACUGAAAUGUUUUUUUCCCCCCGCGUGCGACAACAUUACCUCAAAUUAGUCCCAAAUGUUUCUACACUCCAGCAGUUUGGGGGAAGAUGACGGAGAACGUUAGCGUCACAGUUUGGGAUGCAGAAGCCAGUGUGUCCAUCCUCUCGCUCUCUGUUCCUCUGCUUCAUAGGCCGUCACGCUGAAACAACACAUUCCUCCAACUCAUGAACCAUCAGCAUGAACGGUCUUAUGUUGCACACACACACACACACACACACACACACACACACACACACACACACACACACACACACACACACACACAGCAGAGAGGGAGUUCUGGGAUUUAAAACGAUAUAAAAGAAAAACCUUCAGGGCUAUUGAAUUCCACUUGGCAUACUUGAAGCGGUCUCUUUUUCUAUUUAGUUUUCUCGACACUCGCCGGUCGUGUCAUUUAUGUCUUAUCGGGUAUUGAACCCCGCUUUCUUUUAACAGUGACCAAUAAAGGUUUGGUAGUACGAUGGGUUGGCUGCUGAACUACAAUGAGAGCAACAGUCAGAGGUUUUUAGAGAGUUUUCAGAGACACUUGUUGCUUUUUGUGACAUAACAUCAAAAGAAAUGUCUCUUUCCCUUUUCUGCAUAUUUUCUGAUUUAAAUAGUUUGUUGUGUUUUCUUUAAUACUUUCUUUUACAUUUAAAACUUGAUCCAGCAGAGAAAUAAAAGCUCAUCGCUGCUAAAUUUAUAUUCUAAUGCCAAAAGAUUAUACAUUCAGUAUAUUGUUGUCAAUGCUGAUUUCCAUUUGUUUUAAAUAAUUGUAAUUUUAUAUUAAAAUUAUAUUAAUGUACAUUGACGGAUAUAAAACAAAUUAUAUCAAAUAUUUUUGAAAUUGGGACAUUAUCAAAAAUAAGCAAAUUAAAAUGUUUACAGAUUUUCAAAAUAAAAUAUAAAAUCAAUGUGUAUAUAGGAGCAACAGCUGAUAUUUUAUAGAUUCAUUGAAACAAAUUGAUUAAUCUCAUAAUUAUUUAUUAUUUGUAAUAAAUAAUAAUAAUUUGCACCCCUAGCUUCAUGCUCUUCUAGCUAUGUACUUUAAAUAAGUUUAAUAAGCUGCACUCUUUUUAAAAGUAUAAUGAGUAAAACAGAAAUAUGGACUCCUGAAUGUUCUCUGACAUCUCUGACUUUUGGCUCUUGUAGAGGAUUAAUUACAGAAGGCGGUAAAAGCACACCACGUACUGUUAUCGUCUUUGCUAUCGUUCCUUUAGCUCGCAUCAGAGGCCGUCUGUCUCUCACAGCGCUGCAUUUUCUUUUCAUCUCAUGGAUUAAAUGUUCUUGUACGAGCCGAUCUUUAAGAUCAUUACUUUGGGAGAAAAGAGCUCAAAUAUCUUAAUCAUACAAAUACUGUCUGUAUGUCCCCCCCCCCCCCCUGUUCCCUACAUAUGUGACUGAGCUACCUUUACAUGGACACAUUUCUCUAGAGAAAAAUAAUUGGAUAAAAAGAUCGUAAAUCCUCAGAAACGCAUUAAAUUGGCUAUAAAUUAUAAAAUGUUUUUGACUUGUGUGGUUGUCUGUUCGGCGUUCUCUUUAGGGAAAGUUUAUUUAUUUUAAAUGGAAUUGUUGCCACACAAAAGUAAAGACGCUUUCUUGGAAAUUGAACUCGCACAGAUACAAAUUCUAACAUUUAUGAUGUUUUGUUUUGUUUUUUCGAGAUAACAUGGGGUAAUCCUUCAGGGGAAGUUAUUCCAUUAUUUGCUGUUUACAAACUUAUGAAACAAAAAUACUUGUGAUAUUGAGGCGACAUUAACGUGAAUGCAACUGCUGCCUGUGUUCUUUAAUGACACAUCAAUGAAAGCACAAGAAGGAAACGAGCUCGGCAGGUAACUCACCUGGAAUCCUCUCAAAAUAUUCUGGCUUUUUAACAUUCGAACAAUUUUUCUCUUUCUUUGCGACUUUGUUGAAUUGGAGGCCUUUUAAUGCUAAAGUGUCGUCAGUGAAAGUCAUCUCAAUGCUGCAGGAGUUCUUAAUUAAAUGUCCAGGUUUAAUUAGAUCCACAGAGUAAGAACAAACUGAUCUGUACAAUGACAUAUCUAAUUUAUUUCUGCUUUGUUUCUUUUCAUGUCAAUGAUUGUGCUGACUGUCAUUUUCUUUUCUGUAGUUUUGCACUGGCUGACCCGGUCAAUAAGUGCUAUGGUGCGCUCUUAAAGCUUAAACUUGAAGGAGUGAAUGGAUGUUCAGCAGUCAAUAAAACUGGUUGAUAAUUUGAA